AUGGUACAUGAGUACGUUCAAAGGGAGGACUUUGAGGAGGACGAUGCCGGCCCCCAGGCGGGUUUCGAGGAGGAGGAUUCGACAGCGACAAGUCGCCUUCCCUAUGGUGGGUCGGUGCCCAUGCAAGUCCGCUUCUACCUCCUACGCACCAUCGAGACAUCCCAUCUCCCGAACCAGAAUCCAGAGUCGCGAGGAGUCGAAGAGCAGUACGUUCUGCCCAGGGCCAAUGUCACCGUUGCCAAGCGUGGCAGCCAGAACAACGACGUAGCGUCGGCAGUCAAGAUACCCAGCGCCUCAGAUACUCUCCAUGAAUUCACACCUCUUCUCAUGUCGCUCAAGACAAAUGUUUGGAUCUUGGAGUUGGUGGUAAAUGCAGAGCAUCUCUUCAACAACUACAACAUCGACCUGUUCAUCGAGUACGUGGAAUUCGUUGCGCUUGGUCUUCCGCAAACUUCUCCGGCAGACCUCUCGCCCAAAUGCCUACAACGUUGCGCCACAACAUCAGCAGCUUUCACGCCCCAUGCUCGCGACGACAAGUUCGAAAUGCAUCCCGCACGAUCACGUACUCCUGUCCUUCACGUCCAAGAACAGAGUCUUGAGGAUCGAUACGGUACCCCACAGACAUUCCCGGGCAUCACGAGAGUAAACCUGCAUACCAAGAUGGCGGAGAUGAGCCAACGCAUAGUUACUAGCACUUGGUUUCAGCGCUUCCUCUGGCCACUCUCAUCGGCAAGAAGUACUUUGUGCUUCACGACACCAACGCGAUAG